UCCGCCUCUGUCGUCACCUUCCCCCGCGUGAUUUCACAGCGCAGACUCACCUGUUGACGCGCACGGUGCGCCCACACCGACCUGUCAGCUCUCAGGAGCGGGGCUCAAUCAAACCAGGGACGGUAACGAGACGGGAGAACAGCUGAACGGUGCGUUUGUGGUUCGCAACCAGCAGCGGAGACUGAACGGAGUUCCUGAGCCUGCGUUAGAAAGUAAAACCUGCCUAAAAUUGCCUUCGCUCUACGGUUCUGCUUUACUCGCAUGUCGACGCUCUCUCUUGCGAACAAAAGCAGCCUCCACUCCAGCGGUUUAAAUGGGAGCGCGUUUUCCAGGGUUUAGAGAUGCCCCAACAUAACAUUGAAAACUCCAGGAGCCAGUGGCAGCAGGGUCUCCAGCAACCAUGGCUCACCAGAGUGGCCGGAGGUCAGAGUCCGGCCUCCUCGGGGCCCGAGUCUGACACCGAGAGCAGCAGCACAGAGAGCGAGAAGUCCUGCCUUAAAAAGCCAGAGAUGGGCUCACACAGGGUCUGCCGAACGCCUUUAGUGCUUCAAGAGCGGAUUACAGAGAUCACCCAACAAAUGGAAGAACUGAAGAUUGAGCUGCAGCUGGAGAUCGCUUUGCUGCAGGGAGAGCUGCAGAUGGAGAAGAAGCAGCUGCACAGACACACACAGAAGUUGUUGUCUCUUCAACAACAAGCCAGAGAAAAGGAGAAGCACAAACAUGCUGAUAGACUUAAGGAGCGAGAGCGUUUGGAGAAGGAGAGGCACAGGGUGGAGGAACUGAGGAGGAUCUGUGAGGAAAAAGAGAAACUGAUCCCGAGCCAGCCCGAAAGCCAAAGAGAGCAGCUAACUCUGCAGCUGCAGCAGGAGAAGGAGCUGAUGGAGGCAGCCGCCCGGGCUUUCGAGGACUGGGAGUUUCGUGUUUUGGAACAAGAAAGCGGCAUUGGCGAAGAGGACGAGGACAGAGAGGAGAAACCAAAGGAGGGAGGCAGUGAAGGGGAGACGGAGAAGGAGAUCUCCUGUCAGCAGCAUGUGGUCAACGCGACACAGGAACGAGUCCAGCAGUUGGAGAAACAGCUGAAAGAGAUGGAGAAGGAGAAAGAAAGAGAUCUGAAUGCUUUGAGGAAGGAGAAAAAAGAACUCAUCCACACGGCUCAAACGGUUCCCAAAGAGAAGAAGCCUCUCACUGAUUGGUCGAACUUCACCGGCUCAGUUCCGUGCAUGAUGUCACUCUCUCCUGUGACUGUUCACAAGCCUCCACAGGACUCUUCCAAAGAAGCCGUCAGUUUGCCCAGACGACGAAGCUCGCAUCGCAACAACAGACUCUCUGACAGGCCGCUUUCAGUGCAGGGUUUGGUGAGGACUCUUCCAAACAACCAGACUACAGAGGCUUAUGCUUCUCCCAUCAGCUCCCACAGACUGAGCAACGGGCACAGAAAUGGGAGCACCAACGGUGGCACGCUGCUCACUCCGUGCAACAGUGAAGCCAGCUCUCGAGCUCCAAGUCCAACCCAUUUGGAUCUUUUGGAGAUCGAGAAGAAGCUGAGGGAAGCCAAGGCAGAAAGAGAGAGACUCCUCAGAGAGAGAGCAGAAAAGCAGCAGUUGUUGGAAGGGAGAAGCCAAAGAGGGCAUGACUCCUCCACAAAAGAACCACAAGGACCAGGAACCCUACAAAGACCAGUGCCAGAAUAUAUGCCUGUCUUAGCAUCCCCAAGUUCAGAGAAGCGCAGCCUGCCCCUUUUCCUUACCCCGAACUUUGACCUUCGGGCCCAUGUGGAAUCGCUGGGUCACAGUGUUGGCAGCUGCUCAGACCUGCGGCUCACACCUCGACGGUGCGCAGGUUUUCUGAAGAAACAAGGGGGGAAGGUCAAGACGUGGAAGAAGAGAUGGUUCCUGUUUGACACAGACCACAAACGACUGGCCUACUAUACAGAUUGUGACGAGAGGAAGCUUAAGGGAGUCAUGUACUUUCAGGCUAUUGAAGAAGUUUACUACGACCAUCUACGAACAGCUGCCUCUUCUCCUCGGCCCAACCUUACGUUCUGCGUGAAGACGUAUGAUCGCCUGUUCUACAUGGCGGCUUCCAACGCCAUGUCCAUGCGGAUCUGGAUGGAUGUCAUUGUCACUGCAACAGAUGAGCACAGCCGCUAUUGACCUCCAUGUGUCGCUGUAGUAAAUCUAGAGAGCAGACUCUGCUGUGGGUUAUUUUCCCCCGUUCCGGUCUUGACGGGAUAUUUUCUGGAAACGUGCCUUCGGGGAUUCAGAAGACUGUGAAUAAUCACUUGGAGGCGCAGCAGUUCGGAUGUGGAGGAAGCUGUUACUGACAGAGGUUCAUCAGCUGUUAAAGGACUCACUCAUGGUGACUUAGCAGUCUGUUACAGGGAGGGUUUACUCACGGACCUCGACCUCCCCCUGCUGGCUACUUUUCAGCAUUACAGGCAUAACGUACACUACACAGCGGAAAUGGCACAGUGAAAACACCUGCACCUAUGUGAUGUAAUUUGUUCUAAUAAGCCACUACACUUGAGGUGUUCUCGUUUUUAUUUCCACCUCUGUUUUCAGAUAAAGGAUUGUAUAUGAAAUUUUAAAGAUUAUUUAUUACAUUGAGGUUUAUACUGCUUUGGUUUAAAUGAAACUACUCUGGUAUCAGGGCAACAUUAAAUGUUUGUUCAUAAAAAUC